AUGAUUGAGCUCGAGCAACUGCUCCUGUUUACCGGGUGGUCGGUCGUUUCGGAUGUAUCGCUGUGCGCACCCUUCCGCUUGGCUUUUCAUAUAAUCAUCGUCAAUCCACGCAACCAUGCUGUUGUUGCUGCUUCUGAUGGUGGUGCUGCUGCUGUUGCUGCUGCUGCUGCUGCUGCUGCUGCUACUGCCACUGCUCAGUGCGCUUCCGCAAUCCGUAAGUUUGCUGCUGCUUGA